GGUGUUCGGGCAGCAGAGGGCGCUGUCGCUCAUGGGUAGCUGGUCGGUGCUGAGCUCUCCGGUAAGUGGCAGCAGAGGGGAAGCCUCUCACGAACAAAUGGCGUCCCUCCAGUGCGGAGCAGCUGAUUUCCAACCGAGCACGGCAGCACGGACGAUGGGGAGGUAAACACACCGCCCCCGGAUUUCUCUGCAACAAGAUAGCCGCUUACCCUUUGCAGAAUUCGUGUAGCAGAGCCGGCUGGACGUUGCGUUCUUCAGUAAUCGAGAUUAGACCGGUGUACAAACAACCCUGGUGUCAAGCAAAACAGAUAGGCGAGUGUCAGCCGCAGCUUUCGCUUCCCCUCCGGUUUGCUUAUUUAUCUUUUCAGCCGAUGGUUGUUGGUGUGAGUGUUUCACCAGGGCCUGGUCUCAGCCGCUGUAGGCGACAGUAGCAGGUCAAAUGUUUCCACCCCGACGUUGGAGGGACACAUAAUGGACAUGGGCAUCACCCCUUCAGAUAUAUCCUCCACCGCCUCCUCUGCCUGACUGGUUGGUCGCUUCUUCCUUAAUCCAAUUUAGGAGAUCAAAUUCCAACCUUUUUGCUGAGGGUACACCAUCGAGACGGCGUUAUCUCAGAAAGCCAGCUCAGUGGCGGUGAAGAUGACCACGGCACGGUACCGUCCCACAUGGGAGCUGGCCGUGGACCCCCUGGUGUCGUGUAAGCUGUGCCUUGGAGAGUUCCCUCUGGAGCAGAUGACCACCAUCACACAGUGCCAAUGUGUCUUCUGUACACUGUGCCUGAAGCAGUAUGUUGAACUCCUGAUCAAAGAAGGCCUUGAAACUGCAAUUAGCUGUCCAGACUCUGCCUGUCCCAAAAGAGGACACUUGCUGGAAAAUGAGAUCGAGUGCAUGGUGGCCACAGAGAUGAUGCAGAGAUACAAGAAGCUUCAGUUUGAAAGGGAGGUGCUGUUGGACCCAUGCCGGACGUGGUGCCCUUCCUCGACCUGCCAGGCCGUGUGCCAGCUGAAGGAAGCAGAUUCUCCUGCGCUGCCCCAGCUGGUCCAGUGCGCCGUCUGUGCCCUGGAGUUCUGCUCCGCCUGCAAGGCCAACUGGCACCCCGGACAGGCCUGCCAGGAGCACAACCUGCCCAUCACCUCCUUCCUACCAGGAGAAAACAGCUCUUUUUAUAAGAAUGAAGAAGAUGAUGCACCAAUCAAGCGCUGUCCUAAAUGUAAAGUUUACAUCGAGAGGGAUGAGGGCUGUGCACAGAUGAUGUGCAAGAACUGCAAACAUGCCUUCUGCUGGUACUGUCUGGAGUCCCUGGAUGACGACUUUCUCCUGAUCCACUAUGACAAAGGGCCCUGUCGAAACAAACUAGGCCACUCCAGGGCGUCUGUUAUCUGGCACAGAACACAGGUUGUUGGGAUUUUUGCUGGUUUCGGCCUUCUCCUGCUGGUGGCCUCCCCCUUCCUCCUUCUGGCCACUCCCAUCGUCCUGUGCUGUAAGUGCAAGUGCAGCAAAGGCGAUGACGACCCGUUGCCAACCUAAACACACCAUCGGAGCCGGAUGCUUCAUGGAUAGGCCAUGUUUUAUUUCCUUUUCAUCCCUUUUCGUUCCUCUCCUACCACCAGCUUCAUUUUUUUCUGGCUGUGCCCGCUCCAGCCCCCGGCCGCUUCGGGAUCCAUCGCUCUGCAUGAGAGAGGCAUGGUAGGAAAGCGAACCUACACCCUGGCUGAAGAGAGGUUGUACGGUUAAAGGUCAGAGGAGGUCAGACUUGUCUAAGGACCACUGUGUCCGUGUGUCAGACAUUGGUGGUCUGGGGAUGAGGAGAACGUCCGGGCUGCUUCGAGAAGUCCUUCCUGUGAUGUGGAAUUUUGACGCGUCACUGCAAACAAAGGAAGAAUCGAAGAAGAUAAAUGCUUUUCUCUUGUAUGGACAAUAUAAUGCAGGAGCCAGCUUAGAAAGAACUUUUACUUUAUCACUCUGUUUUGUCGGUUGGUCGUACGCAACAAAAGCUUUUUUCCCCACCACCACACUUCAAUGUAGCUCUACAGAUUCAGUCAGUAGCAUUAGAGUUGCACCACGCAUGUUUGGUGUUCACUCGAUUUGCACACGGAACAUGAUUUCUACUUCAUGUUCACGACUGAGGUAGAGGAGAUGGGAGGCUGUUAUCACUCUCAACUCGAUGUACAGCACGUCCUCUUGAUGAUGUCAAUGUUUUAUAACCGGUUGCUUUUAAUAGAACUGUGCUCAGAGUAGUGUCUGUGUUGUACUUUUUGAUUGUUUUCCAAAUUGUUAUGUACACUUAUUGAAGGGGAUUGCCACUCAAAUCUAAAACUAAGUUUUUCAUACUAUCUCUACUAUUUUCUUGAACACACCUCCAGGCAUUAUGCACAUGCUUGUGAAAGAGUGUGUUUCCCAAAACUGUCACAGAUUGUUUUGUUCUUAGAUCCAGACAUUUCCCAAAUUGAGUGGUACUCCCCUUUAAGUUCAACGUUAAGUCUAUUCGAGGACAUUGUAUCCUCGCGUUGUGGAACCAUUUUAAUACCACAAUAACAGAGAUGUCACUCCUGUAAUUCUCAGUCCCCAGGUGGUGGUUUAGCCAAAUAGAAAUGAAGAGCCUUAAAUUGAGGACAGAGAAUCAGGCAUUUCCUCUGUGCAUUAAAAAUAAUUAAAGUCCAAAUAAUCCCAGGGAAAGCAUGUUUAAAAGCAUUACAGACAGUCAGUGAAGCCCUUUAUAUUCAGAUGAGUCUAUGAUGUCAUCCAUAUGCCACCCUGUUAAUAGCCAUACUGUAAAAAACUAAAGGAAGACAAAAAAAACAGCUGUCCUAAACUGAUGUUUUGUGUGACCUACUGUAUGGCCUGUAUUUCCUAAGUCUUUUUGAGCAGGAGAGCUGCAAAAUAACUCACAGUUUAACUCAGAGCUCCCACUCUUUGAGACUUAACAAAUAUCUGCCCAAAUUGCAAACUUGCAUAUGUUAGUGGUCCAAGUGUCGAUGUUUUGUUUUGUUGGUACUCCAACAACAAGCAGCUAUUCCCUGCAAGGGGCAUCAGAAGAGCCUAUAAAAGAAUGUUCUGUUUUUGGGCAUGUCAUUAUUAAGCUGCUCUAUACUAUAUCACUUUAUCUAUGCAAGUUUGUACAUUAACAUUCUUAAAAGGCUAUGGAUUUAUCAUAAACAACUUUAUGUCAUGAGUAGGUUUAUAUAGUGAAAGCUGCAGAAUGUCACCAUAUAUUUGCAUAUCAUGACUUUUAUUUAAUCAGGGAGUUAUUCAGAAAAAUAUCCAUUUUAUUUUCAUCUUCCUUGUCUUAUGUUACUGUUUUUCGCUAUAUUUGAAGUUUGUAAACCAGAACAGGGUUUGGCCAUUUUUUAUUUGGUCAUCUUCAUUUCAGUGAGGGGAAAUUGCUUCAGUAAAACAAUGUUAAGUAAGUAAGGGAACAAAGGUGAACACAUUUAAUUAUAAACCAAUUAUCUCACUACGACUGCCUGUGUUCUUGUUUUUUUCUUACCAUGCAUUUCAUACCAGCCAUUUUAAUGUUCUGACAAGCCAUUUACUACUGCUUUUUUAUGUAGCGUUUCAUGAGAAAUGGAGCUACAGUUACCAAAAAACGAUGAACAGUGAGUAGCCAGUCUGCAACUCGUUCCAGUCCUUUUACAUUUAACUAAGUUGCUCUGUAUGAGAAUCCUCUUUAUUGGUAGUAGCCUUACAAUUUGAAUACUUUUCCUGUAGCCUGUGUUGCUUUCACUGACCUCCCCUACUGUAUGAGCAUGAUCAUUUGAUAUUCAAGCCAGUCCAAUUUUCUACUUUUAAAGUGUGGUGCUUUUCCCAAAAUUAUAGUUGAAUUCUUCAAGCUUUUGUUGUUUUAAUGACAAUCGUGCCAAGCAGAUUUCCUGGAACAGAUAAGGAAACAGCUGUCCACUGUAUGUGCAUUUUGACCAUGUAUUUGUAAUGUAUUUUACAGGGUGGAAAAAACGUUUUAAUGCUUCUUUAUGUAAACGCUUCACUGUAUCUGGGUUUCAUUGUUUUCUUGAUAUGAUCUGUGAUGUGCGUGGUAUGGUGCCUGCUGUGUUUAACAGGGGAGAUUAGCAGAUGAAAACAAUACUCAAAAGAAGUCAAUAUAUAUGAGAGAUUGAAACCAUACUUUUUAAGGGUUUUUAUCAUUUUUAUUGUCAUCAGGGCUCUGAUAGCAAAAGUACAAAAAUAUUAAUUUAAACACAACUUUCACCACCAUCGAAGUCUUCAGCAGGUACAAACUAAAGUCGAUCAAAAUCAUGGCCACUUCCAUUUUUGUACACAACAUUCUCUUUUACUUAGGUUUGCUGGCACCACUCGACAGGUAUUAUUAUGCAACACACAUAAAAGGGCCAAACGGCAAACUUUACAAUCACUGCAUUUGCAUAUUGUUUUCUACAAUAGAAGCUUGUAAGGGCUCAAUAUAAAGCCCUAUACUGGAGCAGGUGAAACAUCAGCACAGGUGUUGAAAAAGGACACUUUGACCAAGUAAAUGGCUUGUUCCUAGGAUUUGGCCCUUGAAGCAAGAUAAAGUUUGUUUUACAAGAGCUUAAGGUCUACUUUGCAACUAUUCUAAGAUCAAGUUUGGUUACAAGCAGCAAUUUAUAUUUUAUAACCGGUUGUGUCAAGAGAUGAAGCUGCAUGAUUUUUCUCUGACUUCUACAUGUUAAAUAUAACAAUAUUGUAGCCUCUAAAGAUCUUUGGAAUGGUAGCUUUGUCACUAUCAUUCAGCUGUCCGGUUUUCAUUUAAUUUUGAACAAUAUAUUUGUAUUGUUCAGCCAUAUGAUAUACAGCGGUUUGCCUUCCUAUAUUUAACAGGUUGGCUUCAUUUGUCUGUUACCUUUUUGUUGAUUUUUGUAUACACCUGUUUUACGUCAUAGGUUCUUGUGUAUGCAUUGUCUGUUUAAGAGCAGGGUUGGCAGGUGUAAUGGUCAAUGACAUUUCAGUCACAUCAGUAAGUGUAUUUUUGUCAGAGGAAAUGCUGUCUGUACGCCAGACUUCUGUAUUUAGAGAUAUUAAACAAUGUCUCUUGUUUAGUCAGUAAUUGAAAAUUAAUUGACCUGGGACAAAGAUAUCAACAUUGUAAAGUGGCAUAUUUGGAUAAGUUGGACAACUUAGACUCAGCAUCUCAUUAUAUCUACAAUUUCACUAACACUGUGACACCAGGUAUUAAAGGUUGUUGUUUUUUUGUGA